AUGCUAGACCCAGGCCAGUCCAUUGUCAAGGCGGCCGAUUUACAUAACAAUGUCCCGGCCGGCUCUCCAUACGUAGAGCUUCUUAAAACGCAUGUUAUUGACUACGAGACCACAUAUGAGAUCUUGUACAAGCACGUCCACGCCAAUCCCGAACUUUCGCAUCUCGAGUCAGGCACCGCCAGCCUUAUAGCCGAGCACUUGCGCCUGCUGUCUAGUAGGCUCGACAUACGCACAAACAUCGGCGGACACGGCAUUGUCGCCAUCCUACUCAAUGGCUCCGGACCCACUAUCAUGCUCCGCGCCGAUAUAGAUGCCCUCCCUGUCUCUGAGAAAACUUCUCUUCCCUACGCCAGCAAGCAUGCCAACGUGAUGCACGCUUGCGGUCACGAUAUGCACCUCACGGCUCUUCUCGCAGCCGGCGAAAUUCUGAUCAGGGCAGCCGCCGCCUGGUCCGGCACAUUGAUCAUGCUGUUCCAACCAGCCGAAGAAGCGGGCGACGGCGCCAAAGGUAUGAUUGCCGACGGUCUGUACGACCCACGCAAGCACGCCUGUCCUAUCCCGGACAUCGUGCUAGGCCAACACGUCGCUCCGCUACCUGCCGGCACUCUUACCGUGGCACCAGGCGUGGUUAUGUGCUCGUCUGACAACUUUCAAAUCACAAUCCACGGACAUGGUGGCCACGGUAGUAUGCCACAUGCGUGUAUCGAUCCGCUGGUGAUUGCCUCGCAUAUCGUCGUGCGCCUACAGACUAUUGUGGCGCGCGAAAUACCGCCAGAUCAGACUGUCGUAAUCACGGUCGGCUCCCUACACGCUGGGCAUGCUGAGAACGUCAUAUCUGACGAGGCGGUGCUCAAGGUGAAUAUUCGUGCUGUUAGCGCCGAAUGGCGGGCUCGCGCUAUAGAGAGUGUACAGCGCGUCGUUCGCGCCGAAUGUGAGGCAGGUCGUUGCACACGGCCACCGGACAUCGAGGCAAUGAGUAGUCUCCCAGCGACGGACAACGACGCCACGACUACGGCAAGUGUUGAGGCGGCAUUUGGCGCAUAUUUCGGACCACGCUUGCUCAAGAACUUACCGCGAGCACUGGGCAGUGAGGAUGUUAGUGAGUUGGCAACGGCGGUCCACCGGCCGUACUGCUUUUGGUUCUGGGGAGGUGUGACGCCAGAGAAGCUGGAGGAGAAACCGCUCGUGGUCAACCAUAGCCCGUUCUUUGCACCACUAAUACAGCCAACGCUUAGGACGGGCGCUGAGGCCCUAGCUGUUGCUGCGUUGACAUUUUUGGCGCCUGCGAAGGCAUGA